AUGGGCUCUGUUAUAUACCUCGUGGGAUAUGUCAUCCUUAUGGCGGCCUCGUCGCAGAUUAGUUUCUACUACGCAACGGGAGGCGAGAUCCGGUGGGACGCCGCCAAGUCGGUGGGAAACAGUCGUCAGGGCAUGAUGUUGAUUCUAAGUGGACUCGGUCCGACUAUCGCGGCGGCAACGGUCAUGCUCGUUGUCUCGGUGCUAUUGGCGGCGUGGAUAUACCCCCUGAUGACGAAGUGGAUGUAUUCAGUGUUCUCCAAAUGGCUCCAUGUCCCGGACGAGCAGCUGCCAGGGGCGGACAACAGCAGGACCCCAUCGAGCGGAGUGAGGACGUGGACGAUCCGGGCCGCAAUAGUCACGCUGUUUCUCUGGAUCAUCCGACCAGCAGUGCCAUUUAACCAUAUCUCCGGUGCUCUGCCCUUCGUCAUGUUUACAGGCGCUGCCUCGCAUUCGGUCAAGCCUCAGCCUGGGGUUGUGAAUCCGUUCCCUUUCCCCGAGCUGCUGGAGGAAAUAUACUGGGAGCCUUCAGAUGGACAUUAUAAAGGAUGGAGCCCGGGCAAAACCGACCUGACCGAGUUGCCCGCAUGGGCCUCGGAAUAUCUGCCUCCUGGGUUUGAACGGUGGAAGGAUCCACACGGAAAUAGGGCUUCGCGCAACUCUUACAAUCCCACGUCAGAUCCGCUUCGAAUUACCAAUCUUAAUCGGGGCCUGCUAGCCCCCAUGGAAGAGGCUCUGAAGGAACGCGACAUUCCCAUCACGCAUAUUGUCAUGGUGAUGAUGGAAAGUGGCCGGCAGGAUAUGUUCCCCUUCAAAGCGGGAUCACGAGUACACGACCAUAUUCUCGAAGCAUGGGAGUCCAGCGGCAAAGAAUCACCAGAAAACCUCGACGAGAUUCUAUCACAGUUGACCCCCAUAGCGGAGGUGCUCACGGGCCAACCGUCCGGCUUCAACUCCAGCGCAGAAAUUGCUAGCCAAAAGUUUGGCGGGAUCAAUAUCGAAGGCGUGACGACAGGCAGCACACUCAGCUCCAAAGCCCGUAUCGUGGACUAUUGUGGCGUGCAAGCCUUGCCAGUGGAUUUCAUGGCAGAGAUGGACACGACGUCGUACCAGCCAUGCCUCAUGCAGGUGCUGGAAUUAUUCAACCAGCUCAAACAGAACGAAACCGAUGGGGGAGAUCCCCACGAGCGUCUCUGGAACACCAUCUAUGCGCAAUCCGUCACGGGCCAGUUCAAGGCCCAGGACAAGCUCAUCACACAGCUGGGUUUCAAGCAGGCCUUGUACUCGGAGGAUAUCGAUAAGCCCGAGUCCAAGUACUACCACAAGAUGGAGAAGAUCAAUUAUUUCGGAUACGCGGAAGAAGAGAUCCGUCCGUAUUUGAAGGAUAUGAUCCGUGACACCAUUGACAAGAACCAGAGACUCUUUCUCUCUCACUUCACCAGUACCACGCAUCACCCGUGGGGUGUACCUUCCAAGUUCACGAAGAAGGAAUACAUCCCACAUUCCCAGGCUUUCUCAAAACAUGAAAAACUGGACGCCUAUCUGAACACAAUCCGCUAUGUGGACAACUGGCUGGGCCAGUUCAUGGACCUACUUGACGAGGAGGGGAUAGCCAACGAAACUUUGACCGUGUUUGUCGGAGACCAUGGCCAAGCCUUCGACGAAGACUCCUCGAUGACAGGAACGUACCAAAACGGACACAUCAGCAACUUCGCUGUGCCACUAACACUACACCACCCACUCCUUCCCCGAAUCCAAACAGUCGCCAACGCAACCACAAUCUCCAUCCUCCCCACAAUCCUCGAUCUCCUUACAUCGACCAAAUCUCUCAACAAAGUCGACACCGAAAUCGCACUUGAUCUUGCAAACCAGUACGAAGGCCAAUCCCUGAUCCGGCCGUACGUCAACUCGCAUCUCGGCCGCGAAGCAUGGAAGUUCGCCAUCAUCAACGCCGGCGGAACAAUGCUUUCCAUUGGGUCGGCGGCUAUGCCGUAUCGGCUUAUUCUGCCACUGACCGUGGACUUUGAAUUUCGGUUCACGCAUACCGAGCUGGACUUUUAUGAGGAGGAGCCAAUUGUUGAGUGGAAUAUUGAGUCUUUGACUGGGCUUAUACAGGAAAAGUAUGGAGGUGAGGCGGCGGACUGGGCCAGUAGGGCGCAGAUGGUUGGCGUUUGGUGGAUUAAAGAACGGAUGAGGUUGUGGGAUUUUCAUCCGAAGGAUUUUGCGUGA